GACAGUCUUGCUUUGUACUUGUUUGGUUAAUUUAAAUUAUUUAUUUUCCUUUUGUAAUCAUUUUUUUUAAGACUUUUCCGUGAUUUAUUAGUAGUUUAUGUGCAUAUUUUUGUGUAUUUAUUUUUGUAAGAAAGAAGUUUCCAAAAUUGUGCUCGAUUUCCUUGAUAAUAAAAAACAAUGAAGUUUGCAAUCCCUGAAAUUUCUUGGCAUAACAGGGACCCUGUUUUAAGUGUAGACUUCCAACCUCAAUCUGAAGAUAACGGACCUUUGCGACUUGCGACUGGUGGCACGGAUUCUCAUGUAUUGAUUUGGUAUUUAUCAGCUACAGUCGCUGGAUCAGUUAAUAUUGAAGUGGCUGCUGAUUUGACUCGUCAUCAAAAAGCUGUCAAUGUUGUUAGAUGGUCUCCAAAUGGGAUGUUAUUAGCUUCAGGAGAUGAUGAAUCCAUUAUAUUUAUAUGGCAACAGAAAACCGAUAAAGAAGCUGCUCCAGUUUUAGAACAAGGUGAAGAACAAUAUAAAGAAACUUGGGUUAUUUAUAAGACAUUGCGUGGUCAUAUGGAAGAUGUUCUCGAUCUGUGCUGGAGUCCUGAUUCUUUGCACAUUGCCUCUGGCUCCGUCGACAACAAGCUACUUGUGUGGGACGUCUCCCGUGGUAGAUACAGCUCUAUCAUCACAGAUCAUAAAGGAUUUGUGCAGGGGGUGGCAUGGGAUCCACAGAACAGUUUUAUUGCUUCUGCCAGUACUGACAGAGUGUUUCGCACAUUCGACAUCACAACAAAGAAGGUUUCGUCUAGAAGCAGUAAAGCUAUCUUGCCCUUUCCUUCCGAACAUCCGUUGCACAAUGUUAAAGUGCGAUUAUAUCACGAUGACACAUUGCAGACUUAUUAUCGUAGAUUACACUUCAGUCCUGAUGGUUUGUUGAUUGCUGUCCCUGCUGGGAGAAUAGAGCCGGAACAAGGCAAGAUGGACAUAAAGCCUAUAAACACUGUGUACAUAUACACAAGAUAUUCUCUCAAAGUGCCGUGCUGCGUGCUGCGCUGCGGCGAGGCGGCGCUGGCGUUGCGCUGGAGCCCGCGCGUGUACCGCGUGCGGGUUGCGGGCCCGCCCGCACGCUUCCCCGCCCGCACCAGGAUGGUGCUCGCCGUCGCCACCAGGCGCUGCGUGCUCGUCUACGACACGCAGCAGGCGACUCCCCUCGCCGUCAUAUCCAACAUACAUUACACCAGACUUACGGACUUGACGUGGUCGUCGGACGGCCUUCGGUUGGUGGCGUCUAGUACGGACGGGUUUUGCUCCGUCAUCUCGUUUGCGGAAGGCGAGUUGGGAGAACCGCUGUCCGACGAAGAGGCCGCGUUACACAAAACACAGACAGGAGCCAUGGAAGUUAAAGAAACAGAACCGCAGAGCACACAGCCCCCUAAAGAGAAAACACCCGAGGAAACUAAACCGACCAAUACACAGAAAAUUGAAUCAUUUAUGAAAUUCAAAACACCAUUACACAAAUCGCCUAAGAAACAGAGAGUGCAAACCUCUCAACAGAAGACUCCUGUUAAGAGGGACGUAUUGGAAGAAGUGGCUAUGUCGUCUUGGUCUGACAAUUCUAAUAAUGAUAUAGUAGUACCUAAGCAUAGUGAAACUAUGGAUGUUGACACACCCACUGACAAACCGUCUGAUGUUAUAGAAAUCGAGGACAGUGAAGAUAUGAAACUCGUUUAUGAUGACACUGAAACAAAGUCAGCAGAAAUAGGAAGGCAAUCUCCAACAAAGUUGAAUUCUCCUGAAAGGCAAAAGGAAGCUCUUAAGAAUCAAGAGAAGACACCGAAAAGUUCUAAUAAUGUUAAGGAUGAUAGUAAUAUAUUCUUGAAGCAAGCUAAAGUGACCGAUAUAAAAGAGCCCGUGGUCGUUCCGGCUGCCCCGAGUCCUAAAGCUCCCAGAAGGGUGAAUUUCGUUACACUUUCGAGUCCUAAAAACGCGAAGAAAAAGUGAUAAUAGAAUAAAUUAAUAAGCAGGGAGUGAACGAAAGGAAAGACAGAUUUAAAGUAAACAUUUAUAAUAAAUAUUUACAAUUAACAGCUAUCACAUUCAAAUAAAAGAGAGUAUAAUAAAAACAAAAUAUAUUUCGUCAAAGUCAUACUUACCUAAGUUAUCGGGUGACUCGUUCUGUUUUAUAAUUAAAUGUAAAAUAAAUCUAUACAGAUAUC